CGGUGACGUCUACCGGUCUCGUGACGCCAUCACGCACUCCGUGCUCGGCGACGUCAUCACGCACGCCGUGCUCGGUGACGUCAACCCGUUUCGACGUCACUCACAGUAUCCAAGAUGGCAGCGCCCGAAAGUGAGGACCAAGCAAGUCUGAGGUUCCAGGUGGAGCUUGAAAUGGUGCAGUGCCUCGCUAAUCCCUACUACCUUAACUUUCUGGCACAGAGAGGGUAUUUCAAGGAGCGUGUUUUCAUCAACUACCUCAAGUACCUCCUCUACUGGAAGGAGCCAGCGUAUGCCAAGUUCCUCAAGUAUCCCCAGGCUCUCCACAUGCUGGAGCUGCUCCAGUACGAGCACCUGCGCAAGGAGCUGGCCACCUCGCAGUGCUCCAAGUUCAUGGACGAGCAGCAGCUGUUGCAUUGGCAGCACUACACACGGCGGAGAGUUCGCUUGCAGCACGCCCUCGCCGCCGAGCAGAGUCAGCAGCAGCAGCAGCAGAGUCAGCAGCAGCAGCAGAAUCAGCAGCAGCAGCAGCAGAAUCAGCAGCAGCAGAAUCAGCAGCAGCAGCAGAAUCAGCAGCAGCAGAAUCAGCAG